AACAAAAACUUUUCCCGCUUUCAGUUCGCCAGUGAACGCAGAACGUGCCAGACCCAAAAGUUCAGUUUCGAGAGCGGAUAUCCCGGGCAAACACUGAACGGAAAUCCAUUUGGUUGUAAAUUCAAAUCCAGCAACGAAAAUAAACAAACGAAGGCGUACUCAAAUCGUGUGCGGCGAGAGAAGUCAAAAGGUCCACAAACAUGGGCUGUGCCACGACCAGCGUUAAGAUCACCUCCAUCGUUCUGAAUGCCAUUUUAGGGCUUCUGGCGAUUGGGGCUAUAGGCUGGAUAGCCUAUAAUGCGGACACGGAGACCGAAGAAUUCGUCAUUGCCGCCUACAUAGCGUGCUCGGUCAUCCUUCUGUUCGCCUUGCUUGGAAUCUUCGCGGCCAUCCGGGAAUCGGUGGCACUGACAGCGACGAGUGCCGUGUUCCUGCUGAUCCUGGCCAUCCCGCAGAUCGUGAGCACCUGCCUGUUCCUCCACCAGUACGACGUGAAGAGCGGCCAGGAAGCGGUGGAGGUGGCCUGGCAGGCCAACAACAUGGAUGCACUGCAGCAGAAGCACGAGUGCUGCGGCAAGAACAGUGCCCAGGACUACGUCCACCUCAGCCAGCUGAUCCCACCCAGCUGCUACGCUGAUCUGCAGCAGACGACCGAUCAUCUGUACGUGGAUGGGUGCAUCGAAAAGCUGCAGAGCUUCUAUGAGGCUGACAAGCAGCGCUUCAUCAUAGUGUCCUGGGUGCUAGUGGCCUUCGAGUUGAUUUGCUUCGCCUUGGCCGUGUUUCUGGCAAUUAGUUUUAAGAACAAGCAGCGACGCAUGGAGUUUUAGGACAGUAGGACGUUCAACCUGAACCCGUAGUACAACUGAACUUGGGGUUACGCUGGUAAAUCUCGCUUCGACAUUUCAUAACCAAAAAUAAUGGGCAGUCAUAAAUUAUUCACUCAUACCUUUAACUUACCUGUAAUUAAAGUACAUAUUUAUAGUUCAAUUACACUUUAUAAGUAUCAUAAUAAAUGUGCCCCAUGUUUGUUUUCACAUGA